AUGACAACCGUGCUUGAAACCUGCCGCAUUCCGCCGGCACCAGGCGCCGCCGCCGAGCUAUCACUGCCGCUAUCCUACCUCGACGUCACCUGGAUCCACUUCACCCCCAUCCGCCGCCUCAUCUUCUACAGCCACCCAUGUUCCGAAGCUGAAUUCUCCAACACCAUUGUUCCAAACCUCAAACACUCUCUCUCUUUAACUCUCAAACACUACCUCCCCGUCGCCGGAAACCUCCUCUACCCUUCCGACACCGCGCAGAAGCCCGCGAUCCGCUACCUCGCGGGCGACUCCGUCCCGCUCACGGUCGCCGUCUCCGCCAACGACUUCGACCACCUCACCGCGAACCACUCGCGAGACGCGGAUCAAUUCUACGACUACAUCCCGUUGAUUCCAUCAAUGACGAUAGACAGGGACGAAUUUAAAGUCGUCCCUGUCUUCGCCCUCCAGGCCACGCUGUUCCCCGGCCGUGGCGUGGCGGUUGGGUUCACCAACCACCACGUCCUCGGCGACGCUAGCUCGAUCGUCGGAUUUAUUAAAGCGUGGGCCGAGAUUAACAGACUCGGAUCCGAGUCUGUUUCUGUCGAAAACCGGCCAGUUUUCGACAGAGGGCUUAUUAAUGACCCAUGUGGGUGGGACCAUUUGAAUUGGGAAGUGAUGAGAGAGAUUCCUUUCACACCUCCACCAUCCUCUGACCCGGUCCCCACGGGCCGGGUCAGGGCGACGUUCACUCUGGACCGGACUGGUUUAGAAAAACUGAAAAAAAGAACCGGUCCGGUUCAGAUCUCGUCGUUCGUGGCCGCGGCGUCGUACGUCUGGAGCUGUCUGGCGAAGUCCGGCCGCGCGGGCGACGUCGCGGAGCACUUCUCGUUCGUCAUCGACGUGCGCGGGCGGGCGGAUCCGCCGGUUCCCGCGAGCUACUUCGGCAACUGCCUGAGCUACGCGGUGGCGAGGGUGGAGGCGGGGCGGCUGGCGGGGGAGGAGGGGUUUGCGGCGGCGGCGGAGGAGUUCGGGAGGGUGAUGAGGGAGAGGGUGAAUAGGAAGGAGGAGGUUUUGAGAUGUAUGCAGAAUUGGCGGGAGAGCUUUGAGGAGAUGAAGGGGAUUCGGGCGGUUGGGGUUUCGGGGUCGCCGAAGUUCGAUCUUGGCGCGGCGGAUUUCGGGUGGGGGGAGGCGAGGAAGGUGGAGGUGCUGUCGAUUGACGGGGAGAGUUCGAUGUCGCUGAGCAAAUCGAGGGGCGAAGGCGGCGGAUUGGAGGUGGGGUUGUCGAUGGAGAAGAAGAGGAUGGAAGCAUUUGCUGCAAUAUUUGCUCAAGGCCUAAUGUAA